AGUGCCUGCGGCCUCUACCCUGCGCCUGGCCCCACGGUUUCCAYGGUUCCUGGUCUUGAGAGUGCUAGGGGAGGGAACCUGCAACUUGUCUGCUCGCAGUUCUCCUUGCCACCCUUGGGGAGGGCGGGACCCAGGACUUUGUCCUCUAUAGAGGGGGAAGAAUUUGGCGGACCCAAAGUCCAAAGCGUCAUUCUCAGUAGUAAAGGAGAGGGACGAAAUGGACGGCCUCCUAACUCCUAGGGAGUCCGCUAGAUUUAUUGCAGAAAAUAGUCAGGAUGUGUUCAUUGAUAGCGAAGGUGUGCGGAGGGUGGCCGAACUGCUGCUUGCCAAGGCCUCAGGGCCGGAGUUACGCKUGGAAGGGUGGAAAACUCUUCAUGAGUUGAACCCCAGGGCCGCCGAUGAGGCCGCGGUCAACUGGGUGUUUGUGGUAGACACGCUCAACUUCUCCUUUUGGUCGGAGCGGGAUGAGCACAAGUGUCUGGUAACGUACAAGGGGAAGACCUACAGUGGGUACUGGUCCCUGUGCGCCGCAGUUAACAGAGCCCUGGASGAAGGAAUACCAAUAACUAGUGCCUCCUACUAUGCCACAGUGACCCUGGAUCAGGUUCAGCAUAUAUUUCGUUCUGACACAGAUGUAUCCAUGCCUUUGAUAGAAGAGAGGCAUCGGAUUCUCAAUGAAACCGGGAAAAUUCUACUGGAGAAGUUUGGAGGAUCUUUUGUUAAUUGUGUCAGAAAAAGUGAAAAAAGUGCACAGAGGUUAAUGCACCUGGUUGUUGAAAAUUUUCCUUCAUAUAGAGAUGUGACUCAGUUUGAGGGGAAAAGAAUUUCUUUUUAUAAACGAGCCCAAAUCCUUGUGGCAGACACAUGGAGUGUGUUAGAAGGAAAAGGAGAUGGCUGCUUUAAGGAUAUCUCCAGUAUCACUAUGUUUGCUGACUAUAGAUUACCUCAGAUUCUUGUUCACCUUGGAGCCCUGAAAUACUCUAAUGAACUACUGAAGAAGCUUCUUAAAGGAGAAAUGCUUUCAUAUGGGGAUAAGCAGGAGGUAGAAAUCAGAGGGUGCUCCCUGUGGUGUGUUGAAUUGAUCCGGGAUUGUCUUCUGGAACUUAUUGAAAAAAAGGGUGAAAAGCCUAAUGGAGAGAUCAAUUCCAUUCUUCUGGAUUUUUACUUAUGGGACUACGCCCGUGACCAUAGGGAAGAUAUGAAAGGAAUUCCAUUUCAUCGUACACGGUGCAUAUAUUAUUGACCCUAAGCAAACUGAUCCAAAGAAAACUGCAUUUUUAUAUUAUAUAAUUAUUUGUACAAUUUUGCUUUGAUGUUAAGAGAAUGUUGUAAAGGUUAUGGAGACAAGAAAAUUGACUGUCCCAUCUCACUUAAAAUUUUUUUCCUUAUCUGGGCAUGAUGGUACACACUUGUGAUUCUAGCAAUGUGAGAAGCUAAGGCAGGCAGACCCAAGUUUAAGGCCAGCCUCAGCCACUUAGCAAGACCCUGUCUCAAAAUAAAAUUUAAAAAAAUUUAAAGG